AUGAAUGGUGACACUCUGAUUAUAGGAGUGUAUGUAGAUGAUUUGCUAGUGACGGGGAGCAAUCAUGAAGAUAUUCAGAGAUUCAAAAAGGAUAUGAGUGACCAAUUUGAGAUGAGCGAUUUGGGACUUUUGACCUACUAUCUGGGAAUAGAGGUGAACCAGAUGGGUGAAGGGAUCACAUUGAAGCAAGAGUCUUAUGCCAAGAUUCUGUUAACCAAAACGGGUAUGCAAGACUACAAUCCUGCAAAAACACCAAUGGAGCACAAGCUAAAAUUGCUCAAAAAAGAAGAUGGAAGUGAACUGGUGAAUCCCACAGAGUACAGAAGUCUUGUUGGUGGUCUAAGGUACUUGACCCAUACCCGUCCUGACAUUACAUUUGCUGUGGGUAUUGUAAGUAGAUUCAUGGAAAAGCCGAAUGUCAAACAUCUCCAAGCUGUAAAGGGCAUACUGAGGUAUGUGAAUGGUACUCUAAGCCAUGGUCUGAAGUAUUCAAGAGGAGAUAAAAGGGUCAGUUUAACUGGUUACACAGAUAGUGAUUUGGAAAAUGAUGUUAAUGAUAGGAAGAGUACAGGUGGUAUGGCAUACUACAUCAAUGGGAAUUUGAUAACUUAG